AUAUAAGUCGUUAUUUAUUUAUUUAUUUUUUGGCGCACCAAAAUACUCUUGUCGCUUUAUAAUAUUAAUAUUGAACCACUGUACUCACAUGAACUGAUUUAAAUAUGUUUUUAGUACAUUAAUGGAUCUUGAGAGAGGAAAUGUCAUUGCUGGCUAUGGAGGCCUCACUGAGCCAUCGGAUUUCAACAAAAAUAUCUUAAUUUGUGUUCCGAAGAUUAACGAAGGUCUUACGGGUGUGAAACAGCAUGAGGGUUUUUCUCGAGUGUCCUCGUACAAACCUUGUGGGUGAGAGACGGUGGUUGAUCUCAGCGUGAUGAGGACAGGUGAUGAUUUCUGCAGCCGUUCUCUAAUUCGCCACAUGAACACUCGCAGUCAGGCUAAUUUCUCCUCUAAUUUUUCUGUCCAUGACCCACUUGUGUUCAAGAGUGUGUGUGAGUGUCACAGUAUGUUAUUAGCUCAGAAAAAAGACAUGUACACAUGCUCACACAAAUGCAUGCAUGCAUGUCUUGCAUUAUACAUGUGAAACUGUAUGUUUUCCUCCGUGGUUUCAUUGGUUUCCGAGCGUAACAGAUGAGUUCUUCCCACAAAGCCACAGAAGAUCCGGAUGAAACCCAAGCCUCAGAUGCGAGCCAGUUUGAUCUAGCAUCCGAGAGGCCGUGUGUGUGUAUGUGUGUGGAGAGCGAGGCUGGAGGGAGGAGUGUUUGAGUGCAUGACAGCGGGAUGAGAGAGAUCUCAGAAGAGAGAUUGUUCCAGUGCUGGAGGUGAUCCUGCGUGGACGCAACGCCUGGAUGUGCACGUUUACUGGCGUUUCUAUGACUGUUUGUUUUUCUCUGGACCCUGUUCUGACCACGUCUUCUGUGCUGGAAUGAGGAAGCUCAGGCUGGACAUUCAGUCUGUCUAACAUUAAGGUGGACGUCGAUAAGCACCAUGACCCAACAGCAUAACAUCAACACUUCUUGCUGACACGGUGCUGCAAAGGAUGCUAGGAAAUACCAAGCGUUUUUUUGGCAGCGCCGAGGACAAAGAGGGUGAGGAUGAGGAGGAUGAGGAGGAGAGAUUGAAGAGAGCGAAACAAAAUGGGAUGAUCGAAAUGGUAGACAAAGAACACCAGACCCGGGGUGGACGCAAGGCGGACGGAUCCAAACCGGCAGCCGUUGUGAUUGGAUGGCAGAGAGGAGAGAGACAACCGAGGGCUGGCAAUUCGGGCCAAAGAGGAAUCCCACAUUUGCCCAGUCAGCCGACGCUUUAUCAUCAGACAACCAAUCAGCCGCUGUAUCACCCGGUCUUGACCAAUCAGCAGGCCCGGCGGCGUAUGAUGGAGCGGAGCAUGACCACGGUCACGCCUGUAGAAGACUCGCACCUCGCUGUGAUCGUCUUCCGCAUCGGCAUACCUGAUAUCAAACAAACGAAGUGUUUGCGGUUUGAUCCCGACUCAAGCGUUUGGAGUGCGAAGCAGCAGAUUAUUUGUUCUCUCAGCGAGUCGUUGUGGGACGUUUACAAUUACGGCCUCUUCCAGCCAGCUGGAGACGGACGAGAUGCCAAGUUCCUGGAGGAGGAGCGCUUGCUUCGAGAGUUUUCCCAGUCCCUGGAGAAGGGAGUGCCCUACCUGGAGUUCAGAUAUAAGACACGGGUCUACAAACAGACAAACCUGGAUGAGAAACAACUAGCGAAGCUGCACACCAAGGCCAAUCUGAAGAAGUUCCUGGAUUAUGUUCACGGUGGAGCUGUGGAGAAAUUGAGUAAAGCUCUGGAUAAAGGACUGGAUCCGAACUACCACGACACUGAGAGUGGAGAGACGCCUCUGACUCUGGCGGUUCAGGGGAGUCUGACUGUGGAAGGGAUUCGUGUUCUGGUGCUGAACGGCGCUCAUGUGGAUUUCAGAUCCAGAGAUGGACUCACACCCCUCCACAAAGCAGUCAGAGCGCACAACCAAUCCGCACUGAUGGCUCUGCUGACUUUGGGUGCUUCUCCGGAUUAUCGAGACCGCUGUGGUCUGACGCCGCUGUACCACUCGGUGCUGACAGGGGGCGACACGUCCUGUUGUGAAACUCUGCUGUACUAUGGAGCACGACUAGGAGUCAGAGAUGAGAACGGCUGGGACGAGUCACACCAGGCGUGCCAGCAUGGAUUUGCCCAACACUUAGAACACCUUCUGUUCUAUGGUGCAGACACCACUUCCCAGAAUGCAUCAGGAAACACUGCCCUCCACAUAUGUGCCCUUUACAACAAGGAGAGUUGUGUCCGGGUCCUUCUUUACCGAGGAGCCAAUAAGGAGAUAAAGAACAAACACGGUCAAACCCCCUUCCAGGUUGCUGUGAUGUCGGGCCAUUUUGAACUUGGAGAAAUCAUCAAAAAUCACAAUGAUGCAGAUGUUGUUCCUUUUUUGGAAACUCCAAAAUAUGUUCCUCACUUUAUGGAUGGUAUGUUGAAUCAACCCAUCUCAGCUGGCCUUCAGCAUCCUUACCCGCUGCUCCGCGCCAAGAGUGAGAACACAGUGACGACGCUCAUGGAUCCCGUAGUGAUGCCCACCGCUGCUGCCAGCAUGCCACCUGCUCAGACACAACGCAGGGCCUCUUUCGCUUUGAGGAGCUCCAGCAGUCCCCGUGGAGCCCGAACCCGUUCCCCGUCUCGUGGGAGAGAGGGAGGAGAGAAGGAGGAAAAGCAGCAAAAACAGCGAGGGAGGCAGGGAGGGGGCGGAGGUCAGAGGAAAAGGCUCUACAGCGCCGUUCCAGGCCGCGUGUUUGUGGCAACACGCUCUCACUCGGCUCACGGUGAGCGUGAGAUCAGCCUCAGCAAAGGAGACAAGGUCAAAGUGUUGAGUGUAGGUGAAGGAGGAUUCUGGGAAGGCACAGUGAAGGGCCGCACAGGCUGGUUUCCAUCUGAAUGUGUAGAAGAGGUGCUGCCCCAAAACCAGGAGCAGCACACAGAGAGCCGCAGUGAGAAGGCGAAGAGGAAACUGUUUCGUCAUUACACAGUAGGAACGUACGAUGGCCUCGAAGUGCCCAGUGACUACAUCAUAAAGGAGAAAACUGUACUUCUGCAGAAAAAAGACAAUGAGGGCUUCGGUUUUGUGCUCAGAGGGGCCAAAGCCCAGACUCCUGUCGAGGAGUUCAGCCCGACUCCAGCCUUUCCUGCUCUGCAGUACCUCGAGUCUGUCGAUGAGGGGGGCGUCGCGUGGCGGUCCGGCCUGCGGAUGGGCGACUUCCUGAUCGAGGUGAAUGGAAUCAAUGUGGUGAAGGUGGGUCACAGGCAGGUGGUGAACAUGAUUCGCCAGGGCGGGAACAGCCUGAUGGUGAAGGUCGUCAUGGUUGCGCGAAAUCCUGAGAUGGAGGAAAUGCCUAAGAAGAAAGUUCCUCAGCAAAGUAAGCGGCUGACCCCUCCGGCUAUAGCUCUGCGCUCCAAAUCCAUGACUUCAGAACUGGAGGAGAUGGUGGAGAAAGGUCUGUCUAUCUCUUGUUAUUUUUAAACUAUUAUGUUAUUUUAGAAUGAGUGAACUAAAAGCUAUCCAAUGACUUUUGUAUGUGUGUGUGUAUGUGUAUAUAUAUAUAUAUAUAUAUAUAUAUAUAUAUAUAUAUAUAUUCUGUAUAUGUAUGUAUGUGUAUAUAUGUAUUUUUUUGUGGCAAUCAAGCUCAUUUGUUUUUUUGGAAAUUUCAUUCAUUCACAAUGUUUCUCAAUGCUAUUCUCAUCAGUUACUUUCAUUAGAUUCAUUAGAUUCUCAUUAAUGUUUUUUUUUUUUUUUUUUUACAAUAUUUGUAUUUCACAACUAUAAUGUAUAAAUACUUUACUAUUAAAAAAUAAAUUAUACAUAUUUUUGCCUUGAAAAUGGUGUCACAAUGAAAAAACAAAACAAAAACUUAAAACAGGCUUCAUUUUUAUUAAGCAAAAUAUAAUUUAUUAUUUCUUCUGAUUUAAGGAUGAAUUAUAUCUUAGAUAUUCAACAAUGAACAGCAGUAUGUGAUUUACAUUUAUUAGUUAUAAAAUGUUUCUUGUCAGCGACAAUGAAAACAUGUUAUAAUGUUUGUUGGCUGUCAGUCUUCUCAUGACAACUCAAAAUAGAUUGCAAACUUGAGGAAAAUGCUGGUUAAUGAGUGUUAAUACUGUUACAAGGGAAUCAUUUAAAAUAAUGAUACAAAAAUAACUAAAUAUGAAAAUAUUACAUUGUCACCAUAGUGUCCAGUAAAAUGUGCACUUGUGAAAAGUUAUUGCAUAUGUAACAUUAUUCACUUUC